AUGGAGAAAGAGCAAGAAAAUCAGCCGGAUUCAAUCAUGGAAGACGACCAAGAUUCAGAUGGAGCUGAGACGGUGGCGCCGCCGGAUGUUUCCACCAACAAACCACUGCGGGUGAAGAUUAAGUUUCCAAACAUGAAAAAAAGCGUGGAGGAGGAUGGCCCAAAAGUGAAGAAUCAUUUCUGUUUGGAGUGCAAAAAGAGAUUUAGCUCCGGCAAGGCAUUGGGAGGUCACAUGAGCAGUGCUCAUGUUCAGGCAAACAAAGAUUUCUCCCUCAAGAAGAUGAAAUCAAAGACAAAGAGGCGGCCGAAGAAACUUGUGUGCUCGGGUUCUCCUUCUGGGUAUGGUGGAAAAAAUAUUUGUAAGAUCUGUGAGAAGGAAUUUACAACAAAGAAGUCCUUAUUUGGGCACAUGAGGAGCCAUCCGGACAGGGAGUGGAGGGGGAUGGAGCCACCAGCUGAAGCGGUUAGAAAUCUUUCCGAGCCAGAAUUUGAGGCUGUGAAUGAGGUACCUUCACAUGUUCUUGAUGGUGAUCAGGUUGAUUCAGGUCUUGUGGUGGUUUCUGCGGUGCUGGGUUUGAAUGAAUCUGUGAAGUGGCAGGUGACAGGCAAGCGUGGCUGGUCUCCAACUAAGCCAGUCAUUGAUUCGCCGCCUCUUCAGAGUUCAAAGGAAAUUCUAGCUGUUCAACAGCUGAUAAGACUUGUCAACGGAGAUUCUAAACCUAGUGAAGAUCUUGAUUCCAAGGUUAACGAAGGUGAAGCCACUAGCAGCAAUUUUUGGACUCCUGAGGAUGUAACUGAUGAUGCUAAUCAGGAUUUUCAAUUGGAUAAGAACAGAGAGAAGGUGUUUCCCGCCGGAGAUGAAAGGUAUUCUCCUGUUAAAAAGCUGAAAAUUUGGGAACGAACUGAUGAAAACCCUGGUGGUGCACAAUCCAGGAGAACCCUCUGCAAUUUUAAAGGAAAGGGAAAAUUGAUUCCUGGAUACGAUACUGAAAAUUCUACAAGUUCGGAUUCUUCAUCAGACGAGUUUGACUAUCCUUAUAAAUAUCAUCCUAGAAGCUGUAUGAUGACUAAAAUAAAGAAUACAAAAGAGAAGAUAUCAAUGGAACUAGAAUCGGCACCAAAUUUCAGCCAUAUUGGACUGGCAGCCGAAUCUGCCCCUCCGGCAGUGACACCUGAUAAAUACAUUUGCAUCACUUGUCGCAAGAGUUUUCUAAAACCCCAAGCACUAGGUGGGCGCAGAUCAAGCCACAAAAAGUUCAAGGUGAAGGUUUACAACACCAUUGAUGAUAAGUCUUCAAAUGGAGCUUCUUAUGUUAAAAAUGUACCAAAAGCAAAUGCGAUCAAACAAUUGGAAGUAAACAAGGCUCUUGGAGUUCAGAAUCAAUGCCAUUGCACUGGUGAGUGCAAUCAUGCUUAUCAUGUUACAUCCGCAGACAAAGCCAAAAAAGAGAAAAGAGUUCAUGAGUUCGACCUCAAUGAACCAGGAUGGUGA